AUGAAUAACAACGUUACCUUGAUGCCACACAUUUGCUUUAUAGUAUGUGAUAGUGGACCAGCAGCUCAUUUUGCAGUAUUUGCUAAUCAACUUUCUAGCAAAAAUGAAAUACAAGUCAGUAUAUAUGCUAGUGGACCGGCACUAACUAAACUAAAAGAUUCACAUUUAUCGAAUGAUAUUCAACUUCUUCCAUUUACAUUUGAUGAUUCUGAUCGUAAUCAACAAGACAUAGUAGCUAUACAAUUAAUUGAUAAUUGUGUAAAACAAAAUGUACGUACAAUAAUUGUUGAUAUCGGUAACAAAUUUGAUGCAGUAUUUCAAACUGUUUUAUCUAAAUAUAAUCUUUCAUCUAAUACAAUUCAUUCAUGGUGUUAUUAUGAUAAUACAGAACCAUAUGUACCUGGUGGUUAUUCAAUUAAAACAGAGGGAACUAUAAAAAUAUCACCGUUUAUUCUAUUUGCUAAUAUGAAUUUAGCUAGCAUUGAUUCAAAUAUUUAUUCUUUACCUGAAAAAAAGAUUGAUUUAACGAAUAAAACUAAACAAAGUAUUGGUUAUUAUCCAGUUAUAGAAAUAGAAAAAUUAUUUCAACAACGUCAAAUUGAACGAGAUAUUUUACGUACACAGAAUAAUUGGAAUAAGUUUAAAUAUUUAUUUGUGUAUUUUGGUGGAAAUAAUGAUACAUAUUUUGAUCAAGCAUUUCCUGCUUUUCUUUCAAAUCUAUCACAAAUAGAAAAUUAUUUCAUUCAAGAUAUUUUAUUUCUUGUACAUCAACAUCCAGCAGCAAAAAAACAAAAUCGAGAUGCUUUAUUAUUGCAAGAUUGA